AUGGCCUUUGUAAUUAGCUUGAUACUCUCCAGGGAUGCUCUUGGUCCUAAGGCACGAGAAUUCUGCCAAGUGGAAGGAUAUUGGUGUGAGACAGGUCAUUGUUGUGGGAGCGGAGAAUGUUGUACAUAUUACUAUGAACUUUGGUGGUUCUGGCUUGUGUGGUUCCUGAUUGUCUUUAUCAUUGGGUUCUGUGUGUGGCAGAGGAAACGUUUCCAUCCAUGGAGGGACAACCGAUGCGAACGCACCUGCUCUAUUCAGGAUAUGUUCCUUGGCAGAGGCUAUAACUUUCCAGACGUUACUCCAGUACCUCCAUGUAAGCUACCAUCAUACUCAGAGAUUGGCGAAACGGUGUCAUACGAUACACCGCCCCCUCCUUACAAUGUGGAAGCUGCCAUACCAUGUCUCGGAGAGGGACCUAGCACUAGUCUUCCAGCAGGGGGUAAUCAUUGUCCCCCACCCCACCGUGGCCUCCAAGCAAUAACUCAGAGCCUCUCAUCCUUGAACAGUACUCCUACAUGUAGUCCCUCUGAUGCACCGCCGAGUUACUCCCAAAUCAUUGGUAGUAGCACACCAGUCUAUUCUUCGAUGCCAAACACUCAGAUCUUGACACAGCCAAGACUUUCGUUUGGAACACAAUUUCCAGAACAACUACAGCAGCAACUACUACGGCAACAGCAACAGGAGGAGCACCAAAAUCAAAACAAUAGUGGUAGCAACACAACCCUCAACUCACCUUCCACCCCAGGAAGACCUUUGUCUACAACUGUAACACAGGUUUCAGGGGUAGUUGCAACAUGUGCGUGUGGGUCUCCACUGCGUUCUCCAGUUAUCACUCCACAUUCUCGGAUGUUGCCACCACCUGUCCCUGCAUCACCAAAGACAACAGUGGUUUCCAUGGCUCAAAGGCCCCAGCGUUUUCUGAGUCCUCAUGGCUCACCUCAACGCUUCACAACAGCAGUUGUCACAUCUUCAUCUCAGUCAUCAAGUUCCACUUCAAAUACAUGUAGACAAAAUUCAGUGUGUGUUGGACACUCACCUGCUGGUUCAGGAACACCGCUAUCACAUCCCGGGACAGCUGUUAGGUCAAGCUCUUUGGUGGACGAUAGUCAAGGGGAUGAUCCGAGCAAUGGACAUACUGUAGUUGACAUGAGAACUUCUUCUAGAAGGGGAUUAGGGUUCUUGUCAAGGUGGAGACAUCUGCGCUGAAGGAAUUCAGAGCAGUAAGGUUGGAUGAAAGAAUUCAGAUGAAUUUACCUUCUGUCUGCUCUCUGUGCAGUAAAAGUGAGCCGAAAUAAUAGCUGCUCCGUUUUAUGGAGCACGAGGCAUGGCUUAGAUAAUUCAUGGAAAUUUUGUCAUUUCUAUGUUGUCAUGGUGAUAGUGAUGAAUGUAAUGAAGGAGUAAUGCAUAUUAUUUUGCAAGAUCAAUGCCAGCUUUGGUUAGCAUGGGGGCAAUUGCCCUAUGAGCUUUUGAUAUGUGCUGCAUAAUUUUUUUUUUGUCUUUUGAUUUAAUCAGUUGUGUGUUAUUUGAAACAUCUCUUAAUAUAUUCCUAUACCUUACCUUACCGCUGUUCCUUCUCUUUGAAGAGGUUGGAUGUCAUGGUUUUCCAUCUGUCUCUAUCCAGUGCUAUCUUGCAGCAUUCGUUUAUCUUUCUGCCUGUCAUCUCUUCAAUAUUUCCAAGCCAGCUUUUUCUUUUACGUCCCCUUCCUCUUUUGCUUUCAAUUUUUCCCUUCAUGAUUUUCUUUGACAAAGAUUCAUGUCUUCUAGUAUGGCCAUAAUAUGAGAGUUUGCGUUCUUUUAUUGAUAUUAAUAGUUCUUUCUGUGUGAGAUCCAUUAGUUUCAGGACAUCGUUUGAUUUCCUUUCCUUCCAUGAUAUCCGGCACAUUCUGCGAUAGGCUACAUUUGAAAAUUUCAUCAAAAUCGGAUGUAAAAUAAGAAAGUUAUGACAUUUUUAAAGUUUCGCUUAAUUUCACAAAACAGUUAUAUGCACAUCCUGGCUGGUAUGCAAAUGAGGAGACUAUGACAUCAUCCACUCACUAUUUCUUUUGUAUUUUAUUAUAUGAAAUAUGAAAUAUUAUAAUUUUCUCAUUGUCAAUUGAUAUGAUUAUUCCUCCCUGAACAUGUGGAAUUAGUAUUGUUUUUAAUACUAUAUGGUUCAGUCAAGUUGGUCCUUAUUGUCAAAUCUGUAAAAAAUGAAAUAUUGUAUAAUUCAAACAAUAAAAAACAAAAGAAAUAGUGAGUGAUGGACAUCAUCGACUUACUCACCUAGUUGUGCAUAUCACUGUUCUGUGAAAAAUAAGCGAAACUUUAAAAUGUGAUAACUUUCUUAUUUUACAUCCGAUUUUAUGAAAUUUUCAGCACCAUGCUAGUUUGAUUUUUCUCUAUUUAUUCAAGUCAGCAUUUUCAUGGGGUGGACUUGACCUAAGAAUGUUUCAACUUUAUUGUGAGAAAGAAAGUCAACGAAUUUGCCCUUUGAGAUACUAGAUUUUUUUUCUAGUUGUAUCCUUGGGUUUUUAUCAUCAGAACUAUCAUGUUUGAUAUGUGGGAUUUAAAUACUAUACAGAGUGCUUGAAAAAUACAUGUACUUGCCAUUGAAUUUUAAUGAAGUACAUGUGCUAGGAAGUCUAUUUGUACAUGUGGAUGUUUUACCUCACUACCAUCUUUUGAUGAAAAUUUGAUCUUAAAAAAUUGAUUAUUUUUAAACUUUCUUCAUGUAUACCUCGUGAAAUAGCUCUCUUGGCUUUGAGCUUCUUAGUUAUGAUGUAAUUAAGUUAACAAGAUAUGUCAAUACAAUGUUUGUUGAUUCAAUUUUAUUCCCCAAAAUGUUGAGCAGAAUACAAAUGAUGGGCAUUAAUUAAAUUAGUCUCGUAGUACUAGUCUUUCAAAGUGUUUUGUCUAUUUUCCAGUGACCAAAAUGCAAGAAGUUCAAUGUGUGAUGUUUUCUCUUGAAUGGCUAUGGAUUAUAUUAUAAGUUCCAACAAUACUGUCCUUUUCUUGAAUAUUUUCUCUUACAUGAACAAAAUUUCACGAUUGCUUACCAAGAUGUUUUAUACUCGCAUAUACAUGUAGAUGUUAAAAAGGUUGCUACAUGUAGUUGAUUUAAUAAAAAUUGAAGUUAUUUUUUAACAAAAAAAAUUGAAAAAUACAUACGUGUAGUGUCUUGUUACUGACAAAAUCAAGCAUAUUAUCAUGUGUUCAAAACUUCAAAUACCAUGUUUAAACUGUAUGAUUGUUUGAAUUAUGCCUUUUUGUUGAUUCAAAUUUCGUCAAACUUCUGACAAAAGAAAUUGAUGAAUAAUCUAAUGGAGUGUCGAGCAAUGAUAUUGAUAUUUCUGAAUAAAACAUGUAUUCGAUAGUCACAGUAUGCUCCAAAUACAUUUUGAUUUGAAAAUGGCUGAGAUUUGGCAAAAAAAACAAAAAUGAACAUUGUGUAUCAUGUUAUUGUACAUACAUUGUAUAUGUACAUGAAAGUAGAUAUGAAUAUGAUACAUGUAACUGAAAUUGCAUUUCCUUUUUAAUACAUCAGGUUCAUACGUGUAUUGUCUGUAUAUCUAAAGGAAUGUAGAAAAGGUCUUUCUACUACAUUAGUAGUUAAUUUGUUGAUUGUGAUUUAUGGCAUCAUUCUUUUUAUUAUGAAUGUGUUAGUAUUAAAUUGUACUCAUCUAAUGCCAUCUACGUGUCAUUUGAGGUGCUAGUUAUGCAAUGUUUUUUGUUGAGGAUGGGAUGUAGGUUUUGUUUGUAUCCGUUAUAGUAUUUGAUUAUGAUUGCAUUCCUUUUGAUGCGCCAACAGGUUUGGCCACAAAUGGAGCUUGAUAUAUCAAAUAUCUUUCUUUGUCUUGAUUGAUUCAAUAUACACUGGAUGUGUAUUUUGUUUUUGAAUGAUGUAUAGGCCUAGACAAGUUCUACAUUAUUCAUGUUUAUUAUUUCAGUUUAGAACUUAAAGCUCAUAGGGUUUGUUUUAGCUUGUGUAGCAGUCCUCAGUAAUUACUCCUUCAUAAUUAAUCAAACGAGUCAUGAAAUUCAUGCAUGUAACAUGAAUUGUAAAGUGAUAUGUUAUCACCAAUUACAUUAUUGGUAUUUAAAAUUGUCAUGAAAUGAACUUUCACUAUUUUGAAACCAAAGAAAAUAUGUUUAAAAAAGAAUAAAAAAUAUUCAAAGAAUUGUA